UCUGUGAAGAGAGCCAUUCUGUAUAAUGCUCGCUGAUCGACCACAUAGAAUAACAGUUGCUCAUGGUCAACACUACAUCAUUGCUACAGGUUUUGUGAGAGCCUAGGUAGCAGCAUAGUUGGUCUUAAAGAUUACUGAAACAGUUUAGACUCAAAAUUCUACAGCUUCUUGUUGACUUAGCAUGCACUUAGUGCUUGAUAUGUAACGACUGCAUCGAAAAUAACCAUUAACCCUGCCUUGUCUGUUUAGCCACAACAAUCUUUUUGUUUAUAUGUAUCAGGCCUUGUCAUUUGAGAAUCCUGGCUGACACUGCUAUUUUCAAUAUAUGUAAAAGUUUACUCAAAUAUAGCAAGUAUUGUGAAGCCAAUCAGUAAUGGGGAACAUUGAAUGAGAGUUAAGUGUUUUGUUCCAAAGAUACAGUAAAUAGAAACAACUUAAACUGAGAUAAAAGGGGGGGGGGCAUAAUCUCCCACAUCAUAUUGCACAGUUGUGGGGAAAAAAUGUAGGUUUUUUGAACCAUUUACUGGCAAAACCACAAUAUAAAAAACAUACUUAAAACAAAAGAUCCUGGAUUAUGAACUCUGCAAUAAAAUGAAAGGAUAUUAGUGGUAAUUAUGAUGGACGGUAUGUACCAUAACCAGCAGAGCUGGUUCAAAGAGGUGGUGCUAUAGUUCUGCGUCACUGUUUAUUCACAGCUAGUUUAAACAAAGGCAGUUGAUCAUAACUUCAUCUGGAAACCACUAACUGCAGCAUUCAGUUGAAUACUGUUGAGUGAAAUAUUUUAUUCUGACAUUUUGCAGAGUAAAUAUAUAAAUCCUUAUACAAAGGAAAAGUUGACUGCCAGUUCCGCAUAGUCACUCGCACAACCAUGCACAGAAAGUACACAGUAGGUGGUUGUGUGUUUUUUUUUUGUUUGUUUUUUUGUUUUUAAGUGUGGUUUGAACUAUUUUCUCAAGAUUGGUAGCCAGACACAUGUUUUGUAUUUGGUUCAACAUUAUGUGGUCAAACCAGUUGAGUUGGUGAGCCGUGCAGGGUUGUGUUUUAUCUGGGAUUGUCCUGCCUCAGUGAACUACAUUGUUAGUGUGGGUCAGAGGUAUGUGGACUCUUUUGAAUGUGGUUAUAAACUUGUUUGUGAAGGCACAAUUUACUAGAAAACUGCAAAAGGAGGAGUCCUUGCCAAAUCCACAUAAGACAAAGAACAUAUAACAAAUUGCUGCCAACAAACCAGCUAUAAAGUGUUGACUUUGUUUAAAAAGCAGGUAUGUGAAUAAAACUACUUUGAGCCACUGCUCAGGAUGGUGUCUUGUUUUGAUUAAAAAAAUAGUUGUGGACUUUGACCCAUCGAGGUAGUGCUGGUUACACUGUAAUGAAUUCAGAGCAGGGAGUUUCAAGCUAAUAGCUUUUGAACAUGAUAAGGGACUGUGCUGGGACAAAAUCAGAGCGAGCCAAGGAGAAACGGGGAGAGAGAGAGGGAGGGGUAUUUCCUGAGUCAUGACACUGACAUGCUGAAUGGUGCAAUUUCCACAUGAGGCCAACACUCCUAGGCUACUUUGACAAGGUGUAGAGCUGAAUAUCCCGAGGAGAGGAAAUACACUCUUCAAACAUAGCCGUAAAGAAAAGGUGAAACCCAGGUAACAUCCACAGCUAUGCUCUAACAGGUUGUCUCGAUUCACUGCUCGCCAUGCCUGUGUCUUCCAGGAUGCCGUCAACUUAAUCUCCAAUCUAAAGUCGUGAUGGACUUGUUUCAACAAGGGUUUUGAUGUGCUCUUGGAGAGAGACAUGCAGAAAAAUGCCCCAGGGCUCAAAUCAUUCUGAGUGUCCUAAGACAAAAUGUUUCCUCGUGGAUGGUUCAUUUGGUGGCUUUUACUGACCCUACACACGCCAGCCUGCUGUUUGGAGAUUUGUGAAUAUGACAGCGAUGAAGUCAUUUGCUCACAGGGUCUCUCCGAAUGCACCAUGAAGAAUGAGAUACUCCUGGUGAAGAAUGAUGCUGUGGAUGUUCAAAACCUGACAGCAUAUUUCAAGCUCUGCUCAAAGAGCAAGGAGUCAUGUACAUUAUGUCUGAUGAUAGACGUAGAGCUCCACAUCCAUCCGGAUUUCGACAUGGAGGAUGAAGGCCACUCUGGACUUGAUGAGGAGGGUGACAAUGAGGAGAUGAGGAAUCCAAAAGCAGCAUCUGUUACAGUGUGUUACCAAACAGCGUCUACCCUGCCAGCAUGCAAGAAGGUGGAGUUUAAGGUCAAUCAUACAGCUCUUACUGAGCAAAACCAGGCAAAGCAGAUAUCCAUGGUGAUUACUGAGCCAUUUUCGGUUUCCUUCAGCAGUAAAGUGUUGGUUUAUUCUUCUAAAUCUGAUCUAACUCGAGAAGUUGUUGUUCCUUCUAUAGACGAAGUGUGUUCCCAGGAGCUGAGGAAUUGUGUAGAAGAGUGCCGUGUGCCCAAACUCAGAUUUUCCAUUCACAAAGACAAUUACGUGGAGCUGCAGUUUGAUGGCAGGAAUAAUAGCCUCCUCUCUGUGUGCGUCCAAUAUGAGAAGAAUGGGAGAUGUCAGAGUUGGAACAGGAUGACCAUCCCACUCUCCUCUGUGACCCACUGCAUGUGUCUCAAGGCAUGGUAUGAUCAGAAGUAUGUGCGCUCUCUACACUGCCCCUUCACAGACAUGGAUUUAUCCCAAAGGAACGUGUGGCAGAACCUGUCGGUGUCUGUAGGCCAGGCUCAAACCACCUAUGGCACAAUGCUGUCUUGGAACCUCUCUGCCCCCUGCAGGCUGGAGGGAGAGGUGUGGCCUUGUCACAGAGAGAACAGUUGCAGGGAGAUGAAGGGCUUUAGACAACAGCUGUCAAAUGGCACAUGGAAACAAAACAGCAAAGGACUCUGGGAGAAAAUAGGGGUGUUUGAAGACAUCAACCUUCAGCUCUCACCAUGUGUUAUGGUGAAAGUAACGGGAAUGGGACAUGAGCUGGGUCCAUUCUGUUUUAAUAACACUGACAGGUGUCGCUUGAGUCUCCUGGUUGUCGGUGUUAUGCUGCUGGUUUGCUUGACUGCGAUCAUAUUUUAUUUACUUCAUGACUUUGUCAAGAAGUGGGUGUGGAGUUGGCAUCACGGUGGAUUUGUGAAGAUUGGCAGAAAGGGCAACGUGGUGCUGCUGAGCCCCCCAGAUGUGGAUGAUGCUGUUUCAGAGUCGGUUUGUCAACUUGGCUUUCUGCUCUGCAAACAAGGUUUCAAUGUGUCUGUGGACCAGUGGAGCAGGAAGGAGCAGAGCACUCUGGGGCCUCUGCCGUGGUUGUACUCCCAGCUACUGGAGCUAAACAGCCGGUGGGACCGAGUUGUGGUCGUUUUGACCCGCAAAGCCUUGGAGAGAACAGAGGAAUGGGCCCAUCAGCACAAGGAAGUGAUCAAGACGAAGUGGGAAGACAAGGGUGUCUCUCAGAUAGGGUCCCCUUACUCUGACGUGUUCACAGCCUCCCUGUGCCUCAUUCAAGCGGACAAGCAGCUGGGCAGGGCCGGAGAACGUUUUCUCUUGGUGAAAUUUGACUCCCCUCUGAGGAGUGACAGGAAUCUUCCAGAGCUUCUUCAGGGGCUGCCUCUGUUCCAGCUUCCCUCUCAGACCCCGGCUCUCCUAACUGAGCUAAUUGCGGGAGGGACAGCGGGGAGAUCAGGUGGAAAGACAUGGACAGGGUGGAAAUGGGGCGGCUCAGAUGGAUGGAGAGCAAAGACUAAAUACUAGCUGAAAGCAUCACCAUGAAAAUAUCUUGGAGUUCAGAAAAACUUGGAGAUAAAUCCCUUAAAGCACCCAUAAAUGUCAUGAAGGACAUGUUCAUCCAUGUCAUCAAUGAAAGACAGAUCAGACAUUGUGAAAGGUUGGCAAUAGUCUACAUUGUGGUUGUUGUCAACGAAUCCGGUUAAAAGACCAAAAUCAACAGUGCGUGAUUCUAUCUCUCAAUACUCUCAAGGUCAUUUACGUCCACAUAAGAUGUUAAUGAAUUUCCUAUGACAGCUGGGCACUGUAGUUUUUAGUAAACGUUACUCAAAGUGGAGCACAUGUUCAGGACUGUUUUCAGCUGGGGGUUUGGUGCAGAAGUGGGUAUUUACCGCAGCAUGAUGUGUACGAUGGCCUCGAAGCAAACUGCAGUGCCCAUGUUUACUGUAAUGAAGGAACAUGUCACCCAGUGUAACAGUGUGGCUCACUGAUGUCUAAAAUGUAAAAUGUAAAAAAAGACUUAACCUUUAAGUUGCAAAAUGUUUAACCUAAAAUCCCACAGACUUAAUAUAUCCUUGUACUGUAGGUCUGUGCACACUUGUCUAUAAAUAA